CACCUCGUCGACCACGUAUCUAGGCGAGUGAUUCCUCCCAGUCUCGACUCUCGACUCGUGUGUGUAAAGUGUAGCCCUUCGCCCCUUCUUUCGCUUCGCAGUUACACAAGCCAGCGAGAUAACCGACAAGGGUGCCUACUGGAGAUCGCCGGCGUGGGCCCAAUUUCAAGAAGCAUCCUUUUCAUAUAAGACUCUUGCUCCUGGAGUACGCCGGGUAAGGAAACGACAACAACCAUAAGGGUUUUUUUGGUGGUCUCCCUAACACUGUCCUUUUCUGAAAUAAUGGGUAUUAAGGGGUUAACAAAACUGCUAGCAGACAAUGCUCCAAAGGCCAUGAAAGAGCAGAAAUUUGAAAGUUACUUCAGCAGGAAAAUCGCUAUAGAUGCUAGCAUGAGCAUCUAUCAGUUUCUCAUUGUUGUAGGAAGAAGUGGGACUGAAAUGCUCACAAAUGAGGCCGGUGAAGUCACUAGUCAUUUGCAGGGCAUGUUUACUCGGACAAUUAGACUUCUCGAAGCGGGAAUGAAGCCUAUCUACGUUUUUGAUGGACAACCUCCGGAUUUGAAAAAACAAGAGCUGGCAAAACGUUAUUCAAAGCGCGCAGAUGCUACUGAGGAUUUGGCAGCAGCUGUGGAGACUGGCAAUAAGGAGGACAUUGAAAAAUUCAGUAAACGGACAGUGAAGGUGACAAGACAGCACAAUGAAGAUUGCAAAAGACUUCUGAAACUCAUGGGAGUCCCUGUGAUUGAGGCCCCUUCUGAAGCAGAGGCACAAUGUGCUGCACUUUGCAAAUUGGGAAAGGUUUACGCUGUUGCUUCUGAAGACAUGGAUUCCCUAACUUUUGGAGCUCCUAGGUUUCUACGACAUUUAAUGGAUCCUAGCUCGAGAAAAGUCCCAGUCAUGGAAUUUGAAGUUGCAAAGAUUUUGGAGGAGCUGAAUCUUACCAUGGAUCAAUUCAUCGACUUGUGCAUUCUUUCAGGAUGUGAUUAUUGUGACAGCAUUAGAGGUAUAGGGGGACAGACUGCUCUGAAGUUGAUCCGUCAACAUGGCUCUAUUGAGAACAUACUAGAGAACAUAAAUAAAGAGAGGUACCAAAUACCAACCGAUUGGCCAUAUAAAGAGGCUAGGAGACUUUUUAAAGAACCAGUUGUUGUUACAGAUGAAGAGCAACUUGAGCUUAACUGGAGUGCUCCUGAUGAAGAAGGGUUGAUAACCUUCCUGGUAAAUGAAAAUGGGUUCAAUAGUGACAGGGUGACAAAGGCCGUAGAAAAAAUUAAAGCGGCCAAAAACAAGUCAUCCCAAGGACGAUUAGAGUCAUUUUUUAAGCCUAUUGCAAACACUUCUGUUCCUAUUAAACGGAAGGAAACACCUGUGAUCACUUCUAAAGAAGUUAACAACAAGAAGUCAAAGGCUGUUGGCAGUAAGAAAAAGAAGUAGAUGAUUUGGAGCUUAAUUAAAAUCCUACCGCAUCCUGGGAAAGUUAGAAUGAAUCUUGUAGGUUUUUUUAAUUCAAUUUUUCGUUUGUCGCCCUUGGCACGGCAUGCUAGACGGUCUUUGGAUUAGAGUUUGUUGUGUAGGUUGUUUGAUGUAACAUGAGAGGUGAAGAAUGAAGCUCUCAAUUUUAACCGUUAUUUCCUUGUGUUGGAUAAAGUUGGGCUGAAAUGUACUUCUUGUUUAAUAACAUUGUGCUUCUUAUUGUUGUUCACUGGUAUCCUUGUUGGUUCAAA